GACUCGCAUGAGGCGUAUCAUAUUAACGUAGGCACGUUUAAUUCGAAAAACAUUAUAGUAUUUAACGCGGCCGAACCACCGUUUACAUAUCAUUAAGAAUGUCAAUAACUGGUGGGGGGGAAUAAGUGUACCAACUCUCUUGAAAGUACAUGUUGGAGGAGACGUGAGAGAAAAUAAGGGCAAGAUUCAACUGAUUAGUCUAGCAAAGGUCCAAACCUCGCCUCGAAGACAUGUAAUCCUACAAAAUUCUUUUCUGAGCAUUCAGCUAAAGUAGGAUUGGACACAUAUAUUUAGGGCCUCACUAGGAUUGGACACAGAUAUUCAGGGAUUGACCGGUGUAACCGCAGAACUUAUGGAAGUUUGUGAAUAUGAAUGAUUGUGGUUUUAACGGUUUUUUAGAAAUUUUUACAACUAGUACAUUGGUUAUAAAUUGGUAUGUUUGUGAGAUUUUUAUGACUAACUACCAAAUGCAACAAUGAUUAAAUAAUAAGUUAAAUAUUUACAUUUUAUAUAAUUAAAAAAGUAAUAAAAUCAUAAUAUUAUAAUAUAUAUAAAUUAUAUUUAUAGAAUCAUACUAUUAAAUUUUUAAAAAUUAUCGAAUUUUUUUUUUUAAAUUAUAAUAUAAAUUAAAAUAUAAUAUGUAUACAUUUUACAAUUUAUAUUAUUUCAAUUUAUUUUUUUAUUGAAUAUUUUUUUGAAGAAAAAAAAUUACCCUCCCAUAACCGCAAACACUAACUGAAACCAGAUUUUGAUUUUAAUAGGUUCGGAACGGUUUGAAGUGAGUUGUAACGUUUUUUCUGAAUGUUUCAAAACACCAACAACCGCUACCAACCGCAAAAGUUAUGCUUGCGGAUGGUAGCGGGUAAACCAGUCAUGCCUUUACUCCUGUUAUAAAUAUUUAUCACUCGUUUUAUAUUAUUGGUUUUGUAUUCGUUACUCGGUAUGUAUCUAUUUUAAUUUUUCAAAUUAUUCAUCGUUACUAAAUAUGAUAUUAAAUGUUAGAAUUUUGAAUUUUCAUACUUGAAAAUACAAAACAAAUAAUAGAUAAUGUACAAAAUUUGACUAUCUGAUUUGAUAUUACUUUUUACUUACAACUAUUGAGACUGAAAAAUGUAUAUUAUAUAAUAAGAGUAACAUAUAUUUUCAAAAGCUUAACCUAGCCAAAGAAAAAUUGUUGUAAAAAGUAGACCGUACUUUGAUACUAAUUAUUUUGUUUAGAGUAAUUUUCGUGUAAGAUAAACAAAACAAAAUCACAUGUCUACCUCUAUUAGAUUUUUUUUAGAAAAUAAUUCAUAAUUCACAAAUGCUCGUACAUAAUUCAUAAAAAGUGAUUGUUAUUAAAAAAAACCUAAUAAAAUCUAUAUUAUUAUUUUCUUGUCAAAAUACAAAUAAUAUAUAUAUAUAUAUAUAUUUAUGUUUCAAUUACAAAGUAAGUCUCCCCUCAAUCGUCUUGUCUUACUAGUUUCAGUGGAUUGCUUGUGAUUUCUGUAAAUAGUUUAUCAUUAUAGACUUUUUAGAGAUACCAUAUUAUUCAUAGAUAGGGAUAGUUUCAGUGGAUUGCUUGUGGUAUUGAGCUUACUGCAGGAAGGGCCUCACGUGGAUCUACGAGAGAAUAAAGACAUCCUUCACCUGAAGAUUUUUUUUAUAUUUCCACCUGAAAAGAAAAACCAAAAGAAAAAGCGACGGUGAUGACUCGACUUUGAUCUUAGCCGACAACCUAUUGAGCUCUGGUGAUGAUGGUUCGAUAUUCGACGAAGCUUCCAAUCUCUCAUACGUCUUCGACCUGCACUAGUAAAGCUUCUUUGAGUUGCAAAUGAAUUUUCACUGUUCAUCAAAGAAACGGAUGGAGCACCGAUGAUGUGUUCUUCAGCGACGGUGUUUCCACGCUCUCCUUUUUUUUCUGGAGCUUCUCUUCUUCUUUCGACAUUUUAUGCGUAUGCAGGUCCGUAGGUUUGUGCAGUUAAUGAAAGAAUCCCGUCCCGCGAACCAAGCCGCUAAGGCUCAUACAUUUUGUGGGAUGGUUUGGUCAGUCUUUCCGGAGAUCGUGAGUUGUACGGGACAGACCCACUAAGACCCGCUCAAAAACAAACUCGCAUCGGAGCGAGAUGGGACGAGAAGACCCAAUUGCCAUCACUAUAUAAAGAUCAUUACCAUUUCUAAAUCUUUAAUUCAUUUUUCCUUCAGAACAAAUAAUCCAAAUUUGAAUAUACAUUGAUUAUUCAAAAAAUGUUUGGGCUUGAUAGAAUUUAAAAGAGAGCUCAUAGUUAUAGGACAUAUAUACAUUCAAAAAUUACAUGAUUGAUAGAUUCAUCAAGUCUUUCACAUCUAGAACAAUGAUUGUCACAUCGCAUAUAACAAUAUGUUUAGAUUCUUUGUAACCGCUAAAUAUCAUGCGACCAUUUACCGUAGUAGAUGUUGAAUCUUUCUGGGACAUUGAUUCUCCAUAUAAAGGCUUCAAACUUUAUAAUAUUGGGUUGUGUUACCAUAUUUUGAGGUUUACAUCCGAUAACAUUCUUGCAACCCAAUAACAAUAUAUAUUAUACUUUUUGUGUAGCUCUAACAAAAUUUGUCAUUUCUAUUGGAUUGGGUAUCAGCCAAACUCGAAAUGGUUUAUACUGUUAUGGUUAACCACAGUGUUAUAGCAGUUAUACAUAUGCAUACUCUUAAGCAUAUCUCCAUGUCUAUAUUUGACGAUCACUUGACCACAUCGUCAUAUAACUGGUUCAACUCUUUGAGGGCUAUCCUAGCAUUUUUUUCUCUUGAUUAUUCAUACUUAAAUUUUGACAAAGCUAAACAUAAAAUGUAGAGUUGGUGAGUAAAUGAAGAACGUCACAUUUAACUUUUAACAAUGCCUCAUUCAAUUCUAUUUAUCAAAUACUAAUGUCUAACAAUCGUAUUCGUCACGUAACUUAAAUGUUCUCGUUCGUUUUAGACCAAUAAUUCAGUAGGUCAGGUCUCAACUUGCGUCCACCGAGUCCAAACAACUUUGUUUUUUAUCUUAGAGAUUUUUCGUCACCACUAACGUCACAAAUUGCGUUGUUCAAUGUACUUAGUGCGGUUGCUUUCUUCUUCCUCUUUUUUAAUAGUAUAGUUUUUAUCACUUAGAUCUAUGUCAGUAUAAUCUCUAUAUAAAUCUAAACUUGUCUUAUGUACUUUCAUUAACUACAAACACACAAACAUAAAGAAAAUGAGUAACGAUAAUGAUUCAUCGAAGUCACUCACCGGACCACACUUUCUUUUUGUGACAUAUCCAGCCCAAGGCCACAUCAACCCAUCUCUCGAGCUAGCUAAACGCCUCGCCGGAACCUUCAUCGGAUCUAGAGUCACCUUCGCAGCCCCAGUCGCCGCCUACAACCGUCGUAUGCUCUCCAAAGAAACCGUCCUCGAAAACCUUACCUUCGCCACUUACUCCGAUGGCCAUGACGACGGCUUCAGACCCUCUACAUCCUCCGAUAAAUCUCGCCAACAUAGCUCCGGACAGUACAUGUCCGAAAUGAGAAAACGUGGGAGAGAAACGCUAACCGAACUAAUCGAAGAUAACCGGCGUCAAAACCGGCCUUUUACCUGCGUGGUUUACACCAUCCUCCUCACUUGGGUUGCUGAGCUGGCGCGUGAGUUUCAGAUCCCUUCUGCUCUUCUCUGGGUCCAGCCCGUGACCGUCUUCUCCAUCUUCUACCACUACUUCAACGGCUACGCCGAUACAAUCUCAGAGAUGGCUGAUAACAACCCUUCUGGUUCUAUUAAGCUUCCCUCUCUGCCACUGCUCCGUCUCCGUGAUCUUCCCUCCUUCAUCGUCCCUACAAACGCAUAUGCGUUUGUUCUACCGGCGUUUCGAGAACAGAUAGAGUCGCUGAAGCAAGAGGAAAACCCUAAGAUCCUUGUUAACAGCUUCCAAGAGCUUGAACAAGAAGCUCUAACCUCGGUUCUUGAUAACUUCAAGAUUGUCCCCAUCGGUCCGUUGAUAACCUCCAGGACCGAAUCCGAGACUAACGCUGAGUACGUCGAGUGGUUGGAUACAAAAACUGAUGCUUCCGUUCUUUAUAUCUCGUUUGGGACGCUUGCCGUGUUGAGCAAGAAACAGCUUGUGGAGCUCUGCAAGGCAUUGAUAAAGAGUCGGAGGCCGUUUCUGUGGGUGAUUACAGAUAAGUCUUUUAGAAGAAGUAAAGAAGAUGCGGAAGAGAAAGAAGAAGAGAUCAUAAGCAGUUUCAGAGAAGAGCUCGAGGAGAUAGGAAUGGUGGUUUCUUGGUGCGAUCAGUUUAGGGUUUUGAAGCAUAGAUCGAUCGGUUGUUACGUGACGCAUUGCGGGUGGAACUCGUCGCUGGAGAGUUUGGUCGCGGGAGUUCCGGUGGUUGCGUUUCCGCAGUGGACUGAUCAGAUGACGAACGCGAAGCUUCUAGAAGAUUGUUGGAGGACAGGUGUGAGAGUGAUGGAGAAGAAGGAAGGGGAAGAAGUUGUCGUGGAGAGUGGGGAGAUACGGCGGUGCAUUGAGGAAGUGAUGGAGGAGAAGGCGGAGGAGUUUAGAAGUAACGCGGCGAGGUGGAGAGAUCUAGCGGCGGAAACGGUGAGAGAAGGAGGAUCUUCGUUUAAUCAUCUCAAAGCUUUUGUCGAUGAGCACAUGUGAGAUUCGGUCUAGAAGAAUUCAGUUCCACAGCUUUUUUUUUCUAAGAGUAUUAUUUUAAAUUCCAAAUUUAUUUGAAGUCUGUUAUUUAAUUGUUAAAAAGUUAUUACAGUGGUUUUCUAUGACACUGGAUCUUUUGUUA